AAGAAUGCACCCUCAGAGGAGCCGGUGAGACGGAGAAAAAAAGGGUAUCUGGCAACAAGGAAAAGAAGGAGAGCACUAACAAGGGAAUAACAGCAGUGGAAAAGAGUGACAGAGAGAGUGUCACUGGUUUAACCAUGGACCUGAACUUGGCCUUGUUUCUGUUUCUGAGUCUUCACACUUGUACAGCCACGAGUCAGGGAGGCAGAGCCCAGCGCAAACAGAGACAAGCUGAGGAGAGUCUGAGGCCAUAUAUUGGCAGAGUAGAGCCAGAAAAGCUUUGUGAGCUGCUAAAAUGCCACAGUCCAGUGGGAUCUUGGUGCCAGGUGGUACAGGAAAAUGGACUCUUCGUCCCCAAGUGUGUUUGUCCUCAGUCCUGUCCACGGCAGAGGGCACCAGUGUGCAGUGUUCUGGGAAGGACCUAUGGGAAUGAGUGUUUGCUGCAUAAAGAGGCCUGCAGAAAGAGACGCCGCAACGGACUGGCUCACACAGGACCCUGCCUGGUCCCAAAGGCUAACUGCACUGAGGAGGAGUUCAACCAGUUUCCAUAUCGUCUCCUGGACUGGUUUCUGCUCCUGAGUCGUAUGGGGGAGUCCUACGCACCUGCUGCCCCGCCUCAGAGCUGCCUCAGCCACGCCCAGAGGGCAGAACUAGCCCAGAAACGAUUUACCGUGCUGGACAAAAACAAAGACGGCAAGUUGAGCCUCAGGGAUCUGAGGAAGCUGCGCUACAAGAGGAUGCCGCUGGAGCAUUGUGCUGCACCGUUCUUUCAAUCAUGUGACCGUAACAGGAACAGGAAGGUGACCCUGCGAGAGUGGACAACCUGUCUGGUGGAUCGCACCGAGGCCUGGUUCUUUCAUUUCAUGUCUAUGAAAAUGGGUUCCCGCAAGCUGUGUCCCACAAACAAAACGAACCACCUUUGACGUGAAAGAAAGCCAUGAGUUACAUCCUGCGUCUUUUUUUUUUUUUUUUUGCACUGUAACAAUUAUCUGAUUUAAAAGCUACAGGAUGGUAUUUCCGCUUACUGCUCACUCAUCUGUUUGACUUCGUACUGAAGCUUGUAAUUUAAUGAUUUAUCACAUCAUCAAAUGUCAGAGUCUGCUAGCUGUCUGUGCAUUCAUGUGUGUGCUCAAAUGGGACAAAUAGCCUGGACGGACUGACCGCCUGUAUUGUUAAUUACGUUAGCUGACAUUUGUACAUCUGUGUUGUAAAAGAGCAGGGGCAACAUUAAGUACCAAAUUAUAUAUCAUGCUUUGCAAUUGAAAAAGGAGGGUGACAGCAGUGCAGACAGACAGUGUGAUGUAUACAGCAUGACAAACUAGAUGGGAAGUAAAGAUGACGUGACCGGAGAAGAGACAAAGAGAUAAUAAAGGGGGUGAAGGGGAGAAGUAGGGGAAAGUGUCAUAAUGCACUGGAGGAGGAGAGCGAGCGAGCGAGGGAGGAAAGGAGAGAAGCAAAGUGACUGAAGGAAAGAGAGAGAGAGAGAGAAGUACAAAGUGUGUCUGUGAAAGACGGGAGGAGGUAAUGCACUGUAAAUGGGAGUUGAGAGUAAUGGAGUAAUGCAUAAAAAAUGGAUCAGAAAUGAGGGGAAGACUGAGAACGGAGAGCGAGAGGGGGAAGGGAGUAAGUGAGGAGAAGAGGAAAUACAAGAAAAAAGGUUUUGAUGCUGCAAAACAUUUCCUUUACAGCCCGUUCCGUAAAUAGCAUCUCCGAGCAUGAUGCAGAAUAUUUGAAACACUUGACCUCUGUCAAGGUCAGAAAACUUGCAUAAUGCAAGCUUGCUGACUUUUUCUAUGUAUGUGCCAUCUAUAAUACAUGCUGCUCUAAAAACUCUUGUUGCAUCUUUUUUUUUUUUUUUUUAGUUUGUCUCUGUUUUGUGUGUAUGUGUGUGUUUUUUUUUGUGUUUUUUUUGCUUGUGUUGGCACUACAAGAUCAAUAGGAAGAUGUGAACAUGGCCCUGGGGUGGAUUCUUUGGUAUGACUGGUUUCUCUGGACUAAUUAGUCUUCAAAUUUACCAUGCCUGAAGGAUGAAGAGGGGGGGUGUGAGAGAAAGAAAGACACUGGAAAGAAGAUGAAGAAAGAGGGAGAGAUUUUAGGACUCAAUAUGAGAUGCAGACUCGGUGCAGACACGAGACAAACAAGGAUUCGAGGACUGCUUGUUCUACAUGUCGUGCAAAAAAGAAAGUGCAUCACCAUAAAUAUGAAAACAAGAUGUUUUCGUCCCGUCAGCUUCUCGCUGAGAACUUUUGAUAAAAAAUGCGAGUGGACCACUGGAGGGCUGCAGUUUGCCUUGGCGUACGGAAAGAAAAACAAGUCGAGAAUGGGAGGGGGAAAAAAGGAAAACGGGCUCGAAGAAAGAAUAAAAAAGGGGAGAGAUUAACUGUACUGAAGUGUAUUUGCUAAUGAUGCGUGACCUGACCUGACCGCAGCAUGUAGCUGUUGGUCCUGUCUCUCCGUGUUGAAAGAAAAAAACGCUCUGAAUGCAAAGUCCAUGCCCCCCAACACCCCCCGUCCUCUACCAACAAACAUCUCCUCAAUCAACUCCCUUAUUCCCCAGGGACUAUAGUCCCUUUAUCCGAAAAAAUAAAUAAAGU